AUUACAUGGCAUUAUGUGAGUUGUGAGUGCUUGACGCUUGUAGAGAUUAUAAUUAUAAAAAUCAAUUACAGUAAAGAAUCGAUUAUUAUUAAGAAAAAAGUUUUAAAAAACGAUUUUAAGAGUCUAUGUUGUGCCAAAUAGUAAAAAAUCGGAUUUUGGUUUUGCUUCGUAUGAUGAUUGGAGCAAUGCCAGCAGUGGCUGUACGCCAUGAACGUCGUAGACAAGAAAAACGUACAAAAAGACCAUCACAACUUUAUUUGGGUGGACAAUGGAUGCCACCACCUUCUGGUUCACCACCAAGUACAAGUCCCCAUGGACAUACAAGUCAUUUUGAACAACUUCCUGAAUUGUAUCUCUGUGGAAAGAUAUCUGGACUACAUGCAGUUGUUGUUUGUUUGCUACUUGGUGCAGUGAUACUAGUAGUUGGAUUAGUCCAAUUAGCACCAGGAGCAACAACAACUGACCACAGACUACUAUUACUCAUUGGUGGAUCAACUCUUCUUCUCUUUGGAAUGAUUCUUGCUGGUAUUAGAUGUUAUGUAUUACAUUGUAUGCCUUUACCAACUGAUUCACCACUUCGAACACCCUUACCACCACCAACAACAUCAACAACAACGAAUCAAUCAUCAGCAUCACGUGGUACACUUGAUUUACUUGUUGGGCAUUCAAAUCCAGUUGAUAAUAAACGUCAAAUGAUUCAUCAACAUCAACAACCACAACAACAACAACAACAUCAUCAUCAUCAUCGUCAUCAUGAUAAUAAUCACAGAAAAAAGCGUAGCUCACAAUGCUCGGAAAGCGGAGAAGCCUAAAUAAUUAAUAUUCCAUUUUUAAACUUUGGUUAAUUAUCAAAGUAUAAAUAUUAAUUAAAAUAUACUUUUGAAUUCAUUCAUUUAUAUAUGCAAGAAAGAAAUUAAAUUAAUUAAUAAUAUUGAUAAUAUGCUUGCAUCACUGUGAAGUGAAAUUACCAAAAUAAAAAAUGUCCAACAGAAUUUUUAAAUUAUGCAAAAAAAAUAACUAAGUAAUCACAAUUGAUACGUGUAUUUAAUAAUUAAUUAUUAACAAUGAAAAUCAAUUGAAAAAUAAUAUUAUUCUUUGAAUAAAUUUUCCAAUAUUAUGGUAAAAAUGAAAAUAAUACUUUUAUCUUUUAUAAACUUUCUAUACAUCUGUAUAUUAUAAAUAAAUAUUGAUAAAAAUAAUAAAAUUUUAAUUUAAAUUUCUUGCAAUUUGAUUUUAAAUUACUUGCAAUUUUAUUAAAAUAAAAAAAAUAAUUUUAAUUUGUUAAUUAAUUUCUAAUUAAUACGACAGUAAUGUUGUAACAUAUUUGUGAUUUUGUGUUGACUUAAUUAUUGACUAAAUCAUCACAAUUAUAUUGCCAAAUUUUUUAAAUAAUAUUUUCAGAUAUAAAUAAUUUUAAAAUAUAAAAAAACUAAUAUUUAUAAUAUUUUAAUGAAUCUAACCAGCGUACCAUUUUGUGAAAUCUAUGUGUCUUUCAAAUAACUUUUAAUCUAUUUACACCUGAUAAUGUUUAACAAUAAAUAAAUGGAAAUAAAUUAUAGUCUUGAGCUAAGUUACAGAGGUCUUGGCUCUUUAUUGUUUUUACAUAAAAUUAGUAUCAACGUAUCGAAAUGAAAUAAUAAAAUAUUUAAUUAAGAAAACAGCCAGUCAACAGCAAGAAAAGUAAAUUAUUUUUCAAUAAAUAUAUUACUGAUAAUAAAAAUAAUAAUAAUAAAAACUGAGUUGGUCUGUUUGAACAAAAAAAACAAACAAACAUAAAUAAAAUUUUUCGAUACGCAGUAACAAGCGAUCGACUACGAUUGGGGUCCACUUAAACUAACAUUAAUAUCUAUUUAUUUAUAAAUAAUUAAGAUUAUAAAUAACUACACAAAGCAACUAUGUAAAAAAUAAAUAUUAUUAUAUUCAAAAGUGAUCUAAAAAUAGAAUUCAAUUUUUUUUUUCUUUGAUUAUUUCGUGCAGUGAUAUAAAAAUAUAUUUAAAAAAUAAAAAAAAUUAAAAAAAUAUAUUGUAAUUUAUGAAUACAUAUAUAGUGUAUUUAUAAAAUUAUGAUAUACACAAAAAAUUAUAUCUAACUAAAGUUUAAAAAUGUUUAAUCGAAAGAAAAAUAAAAAAAAAAAAAAAAAAAGGUAAUUGACGUAAUUAUUGUUAUUGCUUGUCACGCCAAUAAAAAAAAUUUCUAAAAAUUAUAAAAAUCCAUUAUUUUGUUAAUAAAUAAAAUAAUAUUAAAAAAAAAAAAAAAAAAA